AUGCGGUGCGACGACAUCUACACGAGCAACUCGACGACGUACCAGUUCUGCCACGGGCAGUCUUCGCGGCCAUGGUUCGUGUACGCCCUGGAGGCGCCCAACGGCCACAAGGCCGAGGCCGCCAUCUUCCUCGCGUCGGCCGUCAUGUUCGUGCUCGGCGCCCUCCUCUUCGGCCUCAGCCUCCUCGGCCGCCUCUCCGGGCGCGCCGCCCUCAACCCCACCGUCCGCGUCUUCCUCAACGCCUCCUUCGCGCUCUUCCUCCCGCUCAUGUCCUACAUGUUCUCCCAGGCCAAGGACGAGGCCAGCAAGAAGCAGCAGCAGCUGGUCGCCGGCGGCGGCGGCGGCCAGCCACAGCUGCCGUUCAGCGCCCAGGUGAUCCUCAUCUGGAUGCUCCUCGUCGAGCUGCUGCGCAAGAAGGUGGACGCCAUCCUCGCCGCCAUGAGCUCGUCGUCGCUGCGCGCCGUCCACCAGCAGCAGACGCUCUGGGACGCCAUUGACCAGAUCGUCCGCAUUGGGUGGAUCGGCUACCUCAUUUAUUCGUACGUGCACGGGUUACGGAAGCCCAAGUGCACCAUCCUCUGGGUGCUCACCCUCAUCAAGGCCGGACAGAGGGUCGCCGCCGUCGAGGUCGCCAAACGUUCCUUCACCGUCGGCAAGAACGCAGAACUCGUCGUGGGUUACACUGCCCAGAUGAUCGACGAUGAGGACACUGGAGACGCGCCGGAGAGCGGCGCGGCACUUCUGAGCAAGUGUUGGUACCCGGUCAUGGGGGAGGACAGGCUCAAGCGGGAAGUUGGCCCCGAUGGCUACCGGGUGGAGCUACCGGAGUCGGAAGAGAAGAAGGAUCUCAUCACCGUGGGAGACAUAUGGCAGCUGUCGGAAGGAAAUGACGACGGCGGCACGGCGGACGCGUUGCUGACGGACCAUCCCAAACUGAAGGAUCUCUGCCUCGCCUUCGCUCUGUUCAAGCUGCUGCGCGCGAGGUUCGAGGACCUCGACGUCGACGAGAACGUGGUGGUAAAAAACCGCGACCUCAUAUUCCGAGGGCUCCGCGACGGCGACAACGACGACGACGACGACCAUGCAGAAAGGGCGUUCCACGUGAUCGAGCUGGAGCUCAACUUCGUCAUGGACUACUACCACUCGGUGGUUCCCGUGGUGCUGUGUAGCCCGUGGUUCUUGGUAGGUAACUACAUUUUCGUGUUCCUCAUCGUGGUGAACCAGGCCGUCAUGGUGCUGUUCAUCACCGGCAAUGGCCGCCUGUUUCCCAUCAUCAGCUGCCUCGCCCGCGACGUCGUCAUGCUGUCACGGCGGGCGAUCGAGCUAUUCCGGUGCAUUGGCCACAAGCUAGUCAGGACCAUCAGCGUCAUGUUCUCGUCCUUCAACAUCCUCGUCUGCCUCAUGCUCGUCCUCACCUUCAUCCUCAUGGAGGUGUGGGAGUUCGUGGUGUACGUGUUCUCCGACUGGUUCUUGGUGUCCAUGCUGUGCGAGUACGCGCGUAGGCCCAAGUGGCGGUCGUCGCCGAGGGUGCGGAAGGCCUUCCGCGCGCUGCUGUGGGCGAAGCGGCUCGGCCGGCGGCGGCCGCCGCGCGCCGGGAUGCGGUUCAACCAGGUGUGCGUCCUCGACCUCCGGAGGCACACGCCGUGGGUGAUCGUGUCCAAGUUGCUGCAGCAGCGGUUCCUCGGCAUGGCAUCGGUGCCGGUGCCGGUGGAGGUGAAGCGCGCGGUAUUCCGCUCCCUCGCGGCGAAGACGGGCGGCGCCGAGCAGCUCAGCAACGGGGUGGCCGUGCUUCACCGCCGUGGCCGCCAGGACCUCCUGUGGGCGUGCGAGAGCAGGAGCGUCACCCACGUCAUCCUCGUGUGGCACAUCGCGACCAGCCUCUUCGAGAUGAAGAAUGCCGGCGGCGGAGGAGCGGUAGAGACGAGGAGCGCGGCGGCGGAGGAGGAGACGAUCGCGUCGACGCUGUCCAGGUACUGCGCGUACCUGGUGGCGUGCGCGCCGGAGCUCCUCCCGGAGAACACGGAGGGGUCGCAGCGCGUGUACAAGUCGGCGAAGCGUGCCCUGCGGCGCUCGCUGAGCAAGAAGCGGCGGCGGAGCAAGUCGGAGAGCAGGCUCGACCGAGUGAUGAGGGUCGAGGAGGUCUCCGACCCCGACGAGGCGGCGAACAUGGGCGGCGAGCUCAGGAAGCAGCUGUUGGAGGAGUGGCGCGGUUCCGACGGCGACGGCAGCAACGUGGCACGCGGGUGGGCGCUGCUUGCGGAGGUGUGGACCGAGCUGGUCGUGUACAUCGCGCCGUCGGAGAAGAUCGAGGGCCACGCAGAGGCGCUGGCGCAGGGCGGCGAGUUCAUCACGCUGCUGUGGGCGCUCGCCACCCACACCGGCAUCACCCGCUAA